UAUCAAUUAGUAAAGUUGUACUAUUAGUAUUAUAAAUAAAUUUAGUUCAGAAAGAUUAUUCCAAAUUUAGGUUUAUUAGUAUUUGUGCGGAUGUAGGCAUGCUAACAUAACCAUUCUAUCGAUUCGGUGCUUUUGCAGGAAGUGAAAUGUCACGUGACGAACACAUGGUUGUUGCAGCUAUAGAUUUUGGUUCAACGUAUUCUGGGUACGCUUUUCAAUUCCGAGGAUCCGACAAGAUCUGCUCAGUUUCAAGUUUUCAUGGGUCCACCGUCACAUACAAAACUCCGACCGUCAUCCUCUUUGACAAGGAUAAGAAUUUCAACUCAUUUGGAUAUCAGGCCGAAAACAAAUAUGCAGAACUUGCUGAAGAGGACAACCACUAUGGGUGGCGAAAUUUUGGUUGCUUUAAAAUGGAACUGUAUAGAAUGAAAGACCAGAAGAAGCCGCUGCGUGUAACAUCAAAGUUGAAGGAUGACCAGGGACAGACAAUGGACAUAAUAGAUGUGUUUGGAGGCGCAAUCAAAUACCUGAAAGACGAGCUGUUGGGAACUCUCUUAGCAAAUGCCCCACGCUUUGAAGAAAAUGACGUAAAAUGGUUGAUAACUGUUCCCGCAAUCUGGGAAGAUGCAGCGAAACAAAUAAUGAUCCUUGCAGCUGAAAAGGCUGGGAUAGCACGUGCACACCUUCGGCUUGUCUAUGAACCAGAGGCGGCCGCUAUCUUUUGUAAGAACGAAUAUUCGACAGCAGUUGAUCCUCGACAGAACGACAUCUUUAAACCUGGCAGCAACUUUAUUCUCGUAGAUCUUGGCGGAGGCACAGUUGACAUCACUGCACACAAGGUAAAUGAUGAUGGGACUUUGGACGCCCUUGUUCCGCCGUCAGGGGGGCCAUGGGGAGGACACAACGUCAAUAAAAAGUUCUUUGAGCUUUUGGAAGAUUUAUUUGGAACCGAAGUAUUUCGAAGAUUUUCUGCUGAAGAAAUGGACGAACGACUAGAGCUUGACAGAUCGUUUGAAGUAAAGAAAAAACAAGAUGGUCAGUUCAGCAUCAAACUACCGGCACGACUCAUUGAACUAGCCGGUGUAACAAAAAUAAAAGAAAUCCAACAUUCCCAGAAAGUCUCAUUCAGAAAAGACAAACUGUUUGUCAAUGCUACAGCAGUGCUGGGCAUGUACAAAGAAACAAUUGAACACACCAUUGUUCAUGUUAGCGAAAUAUUGCAAAAGGCAGACUUACAGAAUGUGUCAACUAUUGUUUUAGUUGGGGGUUUUGCAGAGUCGAAAAUACUUCAACAGGAGGUUAAAAGACGUUUUAAUCCAAAGAAAUAUUUGCUUGUAAUUCCUCAGGCUCCUGAACUUGCUGUUUUAAAAGGUGCAGCUUUGUACGGACUUAACGAGUCUGUCAUUCGCUCACACAGAAUGCCGUAUACUGUAGGGAUCGAUUCAGCUGUUGAGUUUGUUGAAGGAAGACACCCUGUAAAGCUAAGGUAUUUCCAAAACGGCUCGUUCAAGUGCACUGGUAUAUUCAAAGUUUUCAUUGAAAGAGGAAUACAAAUUCAACCAAACACGGCGUCCGCAGAGCACAAAUUGCGUGCUUCAAAUCCAGAAGAAGCUGUUAUAGAACUUUAUAAGUCAGAUAGGGAUGAUAUUCCUACUUACACAGAAGAUUGCAGACGGCUCGGCGAAGUAAGGCUUACCUUAAUCGCUCCAACGCAAGCCGACCAAAGUAAAAAGGAUGUUAGUGAAAAUCAAAAUCCAGUGAUUAAUGUUCAAAUGUAUUUUGGUGACACGUUUGUCACUGUGAAAGCCGUUGAGGAUGGAACAAAUAACUCAAUUGUUGCAAAAAUUAACUUCCUGUUAUAAGGUAGCUUCUGAUAAAUUGCAAAUUACUAUAUGAUUACAAAGAAUAGAAGAUUCCUAGCUUUCAAUAUACUUGCAAAAGGAUAUGUAGCCACCCCGUUAACAUUAUAUUAAUGUACUUCUCAUUAUCUGGGAACUCUCGUUGGGAGGUUGACACACACGCACGCACGCACGCACGCACGCACGCACGCACGCACAUCGUCAUAUGAAAAGGUUGUCUGGAAUCGUUGCACUCAAAAGGUUAUUUGGGAUAAAGCGGGAGGAGAAAAACUUUGGAAAAUUUGCAAAUACUCAUAGAACCAUUUUUAAGCAUAGUGAAUGACAGAAUUCAGUAACAUGACAAAAUACUCAACCAGUAUAAUAUUUAUUGCAUACACACCCGUAGGACCUUGAUUUGUUUUCAUCAGUUCGAUAUUCAAGCACUUUCUAUUUCAUUUAAACUAAAAAUGUAUAUGUACGUCUAGUUACGUAUUCGGUUACAAAUCCUACUUGUAACCCAAUCAUCUGCACAUUUGUUCAUUGUUUGUUACAUCACGAUAUAACUUUUCCUUUCUUUUGAGAACAUAUGUAUUAUUAUGCAAUGAAUGCCCUGUGCCCCGUUUAUAAUGCGAAUAAACUAUAUAAUUAUUACAUAAAGCUCAUCCUAUUUCCAUAAAUUCAUGUGUGCUUUGUUUGCUUACUUGAAUGGUUAUUUUAAUGUGUCACUUUGUUAGUUAAAGUCUCCUUUAGAACUGUUGCACUUUAAAUUUAGUCAUGCCUUGAUCUCUAAAAGCUGUUACUACGAGUUUUCUAACAAGAUUACACGUAGUUACCCGUAGUUACCCGUAGUUCAUCAAUAGAUACAUUGUCUUACUCGAUCACAUUCGAGUUUGACGUUUAUAGCGUUAUUAAUUGAUUAUUCAGAUAUUCCGGAUUAAACAUCAACUUGUUUCAAGCUAGUAAAUGAAAAAUAUGUAUAUUUAGUAUUGAAUAUGUGUUAUAUUAUUGAAUUUAAGAUUUAUAUAGUAUUAAUGGUUAAAUUGAUAUAUCCGGUGAAAUAUUUGCAUUAGGACCUCAUUAAAUUUCAUACCAUUGAGUGUUUUAGAUUUUGUCUUUUUAUGUUAUAGGGAUAUUGACAGUAUCGUGUUGGUUAUGAGUACAUAACAUAAACUAAUACCAGUUGCUAUAUUAUAUAUGAUAAACAACGUAAUAUCGUGCAUGUUACUAUACACUUCCUGCCAAGGUACAAACAAAAACAAUAAAUAAAAAAACAUUCCCGCAGUAAAUGCAUAGCUCAUUUUAAUGAAUUUCAACUGACAUGAAAGACAAGAUGAAUAAAAUGACACCCACUAUUUCUGAUUUGAGAAAGGUUUUUAAAUUGGUCUGGUCGGCAUUUUUAUUUUAACCAGAAAGUAUAUAAAGCACGGUGUACAAGAACCAUAAUUUUAUUUCAACUUAUUACAGAGUAAUUGCCCUUUGUUACCUUUUCUUGUCCGGAUAAAUGUGGUAUUAUUGGCCUCUCUUACGUUCGCUUGACCGGAGCAUAACUUGAAAACUACUUGAUGGAAUUCAACAUAAUUACAUACAAUGAUGGAAGGUAACGAUUGGAAAUGCGGUAUUAUUGGCCUCUCAUACGUUCCCUUGUCCGGAGCAUAUUUAAAGUAAAGGAAGAUAUAUUGUGUACCAAUUUUUAUGAUAAACGUGAUGAUUUUAAUUUUGAAAUAAUUAAUUACCCUUCUUUAGAUGAAGAUGUUCCUAGUUCACCAUCAUAUCGUGUAUUUAUUUCACAGUUGAUAAGAUUUGCUAGAAUAUGUACAGAUAUAAAAACAAUCAGCUCUCGGAGUAAACUUAUGACGGAAAAACCUCUAAAACAGGGUUUCAGAUAUAAUAAAACUCAAAAUUUGUUAAUGGUCAUUAUAAUCUCAUUUUAAAGUACAAUUAUAGUAGUCUUAAAUCGAUGAUUGCUAAUAGUAUUGCUCAUCCCGAUUUUUAUGGUGAUGUUUUAAAGAAAGUUCGUAAAAUUAAAAUGUUUUCAGCAGGUAGUUGGUCAGAGAGACUCAAUGAAUUAGUUGUAUUUUAUUUAAACCGUGGAUAUAAAGGUAAUAUUUUGAAGAGCACUUGGCUUCUAGUUUUUGAAGAUGAAUUCCUGGAACAAAAUAUAGGGUUGUAUAUAGCAUCCUUCCAAUAACUAAGCUUUCAGUCCUUUGAUUUUAUGAAAUUUUGCUCAUUCAUGUUAUCUUUAAAACCUUUUUAGGCUAAAACAUUUUUGG